AUGGGGAACUCUGGCGGCGAGGCCACUGGCCCGCUGACCCCCGCGGUUACGGACGAUGGCGUGAAAGCGAAAAUGCAGCUUGUAGUUGUCAUUUUACAGAUCUUGGGAGUGUUUGGAGUCGCCGGGUACUGCGCGUUUGCCUCGGUUGUUGACCCUGUCUCGGUUGGCUUUUUCUGCAAUGACGACAGCAUUCGCUUCCCUUUGCUCCCUCAGACGGUACCGGCUCUCGAAGCUUCGAUGAUUGUCAUUUUGAUCCCCACUGUUUUGAUUAUUCUUGUCGAUACUACCACGUGGGUGAUGUACGGCGAAAGAUUCGGUCGGUACGUCAACCUCGUAUUCUGCAGGCCCAGUAGCAUUCUCGCCCUCUAUUACCAGUCUCUGGGCGGGUUUGUCUUCGCCAUGCUGAGCUGUUAUGCUAUAACAUUUACAGCAAAAAUCAGCGUAGGACGCCUGCGGCCGCAUUUCCUGAGUGUAUGCCAGCCGGACUGGAAAGAUAUAACCUGCAGUGACGCCAGUGGCUUCCUCUAUGUAGACAAUUUUGUCUGUCUUGGCACAGACAAAGCUGCAAUCAAGGAAGCACGGGUCUCUUUUCCGUCCAGUCAUUCAAGCAGCAGUAUGUGCGCAAUGCUGUAUCUCGUUUUGUACCUGCAGUCUCGCCUGGUGUGGCUAUCGAGAUCUGGAGUGAAACCCUCUCCCGUUGCGUCGAAAUUUACCGAAACGCUGUGGGGCAUUAUCAAGCUCUUGUGCCCCUUCGUGCAGUUGGUAGCCUUCGGUGGCGCCUUCUUCAUUGGCAUGUCUCGGAUAAAGGAUAAAUUUCACCACCCUUCGGAUGUUAUAACAGGGUUUGCUAUCGGUGCCACCACUGCUGUGUUCACUUUCUUUUAUAUCGCGGGUCUUGGCUCGUAUUCAAAAGGAUCGGCUAAAGAGGGGCAAGAGGAAGAGUUGGAGGAGGAUGUUUGA